UGAGGCAGCCAGGUGGGCAAAAGCAAAAAUCCCACCUCAUCAAUAGUCCCAGUGGAGGCUCAUUAAAAUCGGCUGAUGAUGAUAAAGCCACUUCACAAUACACAAAAGCGCUAAAGCGCUUCUUUUGUCGAUACAGUGUCGCCAUGACAACCAAAUGUGGAAACAUUUUUCCGAAUGUGAUUUCAUAUUUAAAUGAAAAUGUCGAAAAGCAAGAAAAACAUCGUGUGGGAAGACCGGGAGGUGCUGUUCGAUUUGCCUUUCAACUAUUUACGCUUAAGGCUGGGCGAGAAGGUUUUCGAUAGGAUCGAGCCGAUAGAAGAUACGAAGGGCAACAGCGGCUCUAAGGGCAGGCUCGUGGUCACCAACCUGAGGAUCAUCUGGCACUCACUGUCCUCGCCCAGGAUCAACCUGUCAAUAGGGCUGAACUGUUUCAUAUCGACAAGCACAAAAGUUGUAAACUCGGGUCUACGGGGUGCCACGCAAGCGCUAUACGUGCUCGCUGGAUACGGCACCAACAGAUAUGAGUUUGUAUUCACCAACUUAUCUCCCAACUGCGUGAGACAUUACACUUCUGUAGUAGGUGUUCAUAAAGCAUACGCCGCAUCUCGAAUGUACCGUGAUUUAAAACUAAGAGGACCUUUUAUAAAUAAUAAGCAGUUACGUGUAUUGCCACUUGAAAAGAUUUGUCUCGUAGAACAUGGUCUUUGGAACUUAUCCAGCGAAUCUGGCAAUCUGGGUACCAUGGUAGUGAGCAACGUAAGGAUUGUCUGGUAUGCGGACAUCAACGAUAUGUUUAAUGUUUCAAUGCCCUAUAUUACUAUUGAAAGUAUUUCCAUUCGCGAUUCAAAGUUUGGUAACGCCCUGGUAAUUGUAAUACGACCGGCUUGCGGUGGCUAUGUGCUGGGCUUCAGAGCUGAUCCUCAUGACAGACUCGGCCCUUUGUUGAAAGAACUGCAAACAUUGCAUCAGGCAUAUUCUGAAAAACCUGUCCUUGGAGUCGAGAUGAAUUGGGGGUGCGAGAUAUCAAAACCAAAACAGGAUGAAUUAGAAGAGCUAGAAGAAAUCGGAGAACCGAGAGGAGAGAUGGGCCCGAGCCUUUAUUUGGCGUCGCAACAAUCCCAUAACAAAGAAGACAUGGACGUGCAGCCAGUUUAUAGCUCUUACUUGGGAUUAGCUAUCGAACCGUUAAAACCAGGAUUCACUCUUAAAAGUUUAUUUGAAGUUCAAACUUCCACCUAAUAUUUUAACGUAAUUUUCUUAUUAGGAAAAUAGGCUACUUGACACUUUUUUAAAUGGUCUUAAAUUGUUCAAUAUCGUUCGUCUCGUAUUGUCAUUAGAUUAAAAAUAAUAUGGUCAUAUUUUUCUGAGACGUGAUUACAUGAAAAUUUAAAUUUUUAAAUAUUUUUUUGACAUUAAGAGCCUAAACGCCAGUCGGCCAUGAUUGUUUUUAUUUCCAUUUCCAUUGUUUCAUGACUUAACAUUAUCAAUCCUUUAAAAAAUGGAGCGCAUCAAGUAACAUUGUGAUGUAUUUUAGGGACGACAGCGUUUUUAACGUUUGGAAAAUUUGAAAAAAAAUACAUGAUUUUUAAAUUAACUUUUAUAAGAAAUCCUUAACUUUUAUAAUGAACUAGUGGACGCCCGCGACCUUUAUCCGCCCUUAGACCUCUUUGUACCUGCCCUUACAGUAGUAUCGCUGUAAAAAUGGAGUAACUUCUCCCGUUUUCCUAACAUUUCCCUUUACUACUCUGUUCCUAUUGAUCGUAGUGUGAUGAAAAGUAUACUUUAUCCCGCCCAGGAGUAUGAAGAAUAAUUAAUGUACGUUUCGUUAAAGUACGUCGAAAUGUUUUUGUUUUUAUAACGAACAUACAGACAGACCGACAAAAAUUUUACUGAUUGCAUUUUUGGCAUCAGUGUCGAUUAAUAAUCACCCUCUGAUAGGUAUUUUGGAAAUAUAUUUCAUGUAAAGAAUUGACCUCUGUACUUGUGAUUUUGAUGUGAUUUAUCAUAAGCAUAUAAGAUAUCGAUAUAUUCCGAACCCAUGUACUACACGAAAUUAGUCGAGCACGAACGAUUAUUGAAAAAUCCUCCCAAAAAUUGUUUGUACUCGACUGAAAUACUAAGGUAGUCCGAACUAGGCCUUACAGAUAAUAAUAUUUAUUAUCUGUAGUUUUUAUAACGUUACAGAAGAUUAGACUGUCACAUGAAACAUGUCAAUGUCAAUGUCAUAUAUAAAUAUAAAUAUUUGACUUGACGUCCGUGUUCCGUGAUGUUUGGUGAUGAUGAUGAUUCUCAUUCUCAAAAUCUUUUUUAAAAUUCAAUACAAAGUUAUUUUUAACUUUAAUUUUAGUUAAAAAGUAAAUUAAAAUAUUUUAGUUUUAUUUUCGUUUAUGUCAUUUGGUUUUUGUUUUUUUUUUUGUUUGUGUGUGAACUGAUACUCUGAUAGUGUUUUGUGAUUAUGGAUAAUUUUCCUCUUACUUGACUCAGAAUAGAAAAUGAGCCUUCAUCUUAAUGUUAUUUGCCUUUUUUGUGCUGCUUGACUGUAAGUUUAGCCGUUUCCGUUAGAAGUUGCAGGUUGUAACUUGCAAUGCAACUCUCUUGUAAGUUUUCUUGUUGAAAAAUUGUUAUUUUAAGUAUUAAAUUGAAUAUAAAUA